UGGGCGGAGUCUCGGCUUCGGCGAGCGUCGGUCUGCGGGAGGAGCUCCACAGAACAAACCGACACCCAGCCCGAGUGGAAAAUGUGAACGGAAGAUUUGGGAUUGGGAAUUAACGACAGAAAACCGUCACGAGAGUGUUUCUCCGUGGAUGAGAUGUGAUAUCUGAGAGGACGGGCGCGCUGGAGGGUGUUUCAUCAGUCUGUAUAAUGACAAACACUGUGAUCUCAGAGACACGGAUGGAUUUGACAGAGACCUCGCUGUGUAGGCUCUGAGGAUUAAACCCCAUCACCUUCAGAGUCCAGUUCUGCUGUCCACUGGUCCUCUGUGUUGAUCGAAGGGAGGAAGGGUCACUCAGACUCACCGUGAUGAUGAACGGGUGUCUACACAGACGCCCUCUCAGGGUUUGAGCAUGCCCGGUAACAUCUGAACGCCUCUCGACCCGCAGGACACCGAUCAUGGCCCAAACCAGCCUGCUGCAGGGCAAACGCUUCUACUGCCGCGAGUGGGUCUUCCACAAGAUCCAGCACUGCCUUCAGGAGAAGACCAGCAACCUCAGCGCCCCGGGGACCUCAGAGACGCUCAACCCCGUCAGCGGGGCGGGGAAGGGCGGCUCCUGGGGGGUCCUGCUGGUCGGCGGUCCCGGGAGCGGGAAGACUGCUCUGUGUACGGAGUUACUGUGGCCCAGUUCGGUUCACGGCGUCCAGCGAGGUCUGCAUCAGCACUGUCUGGGCUUCCACUUCUGCCGGGCCGAGGACUCGGACACACUGUGUGUGAGCGGCUUCAUCCGUGGACUGGUGUCUCAGAUUCUGCGGUCGGGACUCGUGCCGGAGUACGAGGAGAGAGUGAGAGAGCCGGCGGUCCAGAGCGCACUACAGCCGGGAGAGAUCGAGAGAAACCCUGCUGAGACGUUCAAGAGGUGUGUGCUGCUGCCGCUGCUGGGCUGUAAGGCUCCGUCUCAGGCUCUGUUUGUGUUGGUGGACUCAGUGGACGAGGGAUGUUUGACCGGAGACAGAGAUCAGAGGUCAGCAAACAUCAGCGAGCUGCUGGCCGCUCAUCACGAGCUCUUCCCACCGUGGCUUCUCCUCGUCCUCUCGGCUCGCCGGCAGAACAAACACAUCACCAAACUCUUCACAGGUGACCCACCGCCUCUACCUCAACAUCCCUUAAGUGUUUAACAAUCAGAUUAUUACAUGUACUUACAUCACUCAUCAGAUCAAAUCAGCAUCAGAUCUGAAUUACAGACCUUCAGGGAGUCUGUUAUUGUGUUACUUUGCAUAAAAAUCAAUUAUGUUACAUAACUGGUUUCCUUUUUUGGGCUAAUGCAGUAUUGCAGUGUGUUCUUAAUGUCUCUGAGAGCUAGAGAGUAAAGGCGUUGUUGUGUGAGUCAGUGGAGAUCAGACUGGAUGAGCUUCUCAAGCCUCCAGCAGGAAAUCAGCAGCAGAUGUGUGAAUAUUUCUAAUGAGUGGAGAGACAGUGAGCGUGUGUUAUGUGAGGACAGAUCAGCGCUGCGGUUUGAUUUGGGCCGUACAGAUUCAGUCUGAAAGAAAACACAUCACUGACAGAGUUCGAUUCUCCUACUCUGACAUUUCUACAAACCCCUUCUUUUUUAUUUGAAAUAAAUAUGAAACAUCUUAUAAGUUUUAAGUUUGUGCUUUGCUCAUAAAGCAUUCCAGAAUAUGAAGUUAUUAAAGUGGAAACGUGCAGGUUGUGACAUUUUGAUCUUAUUUGCAAUAUGAGUUAUUUGUUGUUUUCUUGUUUGCUGUUUUUUUCCUCCUAACAAGAUCUCAUUCCUUUUCUCUCUGUGAUUUACUUGCACCGCUGAAUUAUGUCAUUUAAAGCGAUAGGUCACCCAAAAAUGAAAAUAUGCUCCC